UCAUUCGAUUGUUUUAAACUUGAUUGGGUUUGGAUAAACAUUUCAGUUUGUGUUCGAUUCGGAAGACAUUUUCGGUUGACGAGUUGUUUUGCAUGAUGGCGUUGCCGAAUUUGAGCAGCCUGUGCGGCAUGUGCUGUCGGCUGAUCGGCGAUCGAUUCCUGCUCAGGAUAAUGGACGUGUCGUAUCACGAGCACUGUGUCAGGUGCUCUGCAUGCCAGAACUCCCUUCAUCACACCUGCUUUGUCAGGGAUGGCAAACUAUAUUGCCGCUUGGACUAUGACAGGUUAUUCAUUAAGAAAUGCCUCGGGUGUUCGGAAAGAGUCUCCCCCGAGGAAUUGGUGAUGAGGGCGAGCGACAAUAUUUUCCACCUGCGGUGUUUCGUGUGCGUGGUGUGCGGCAUAAGGUUGCAAAAGGGCGAUCUCUACGUCAUCAAGCAGGGACAACUUUUCUGCAGGGCCGAUUACGAAAAGGAGGUGGAGAUGAUGCAGGGAUUCGGUUAUGGAGAAUUCAUUUGUGACGAUCUCCUGCAGUCCCCCCGGUCACAAGAUGGCCGAAGAGGUCCAAAAAGGCCUCGAACCAUCCUGACGACCCAACAGAGGAGGGCUUUCAAAGCUUCUUUCGAAGUCAGUCCCAAGCCCUGUCGGAAGGUCAGAGAAACUUUAGCCAAAGACACCGGAUUGAGCGUUCGAAUCGUGCAGGUUUGGUUCCAGAACCAGCGUGCCAAGAUGAAGAAGAUUCAAAAGAAAGCCCGACAGGACAACAAAGGAUCCAAGGAUCUGGAAAACAUUGAUAAGAAACUGAACGUCAAAGAAGAGGAACAAAGUCCCCGCUCCAUCCCGUAUUUCAACGAAAGCGGCAGCGACAAUGAGACAGCCUCAGACGAGGCCAUCCUACAAAACACCCCCAACCCCCAUUUCCUCCACAUCAAGGAAGAGCUCGAGAACGACAACCCCUUUUUCAAGAGCAAUCAUAAUAUGCCGCAACACGGUUUUACAGGUCUGGAAGCGAACAAAAGACAAGAUGAAGCCUUCAACAUGGGCAUACCAUUUCCUGCUCACUUGGAAGCUGAACAGCAGUGCAUGUUCCUGAAUCCGCCUAUAGCUCACCAGAAUCCACCACAGACUACUGCAGGGCUGAACCCUAUCGAUCGACUCUAUUCCAUGCAGAACUCAUACUUUUGCGGCGACGAGCACAUGGAACCUUGAAACUGAUGAUAUGAUCCGUCGUUUCAUAUAUUAUUAUGAACGCUUCCUAAGCAUAAGCAUAUUGAAAAGCUGAAUCAUUAAAAGAUAUAGAUACUUAUAUCUACAUCAUAUUAAGGUGUAGCUCAGCAUUAUUUUCACAAAGUAUUGAUAUCUUCGCAAUUUAGAAAAAAAGAAUAUUUUGAAAGUCACUUCAUAUAGUAAUUUUUCAGGACUUUGUAUGGAUAAACGAUUCAUUUUAUGAAUAUUGAUGAGAAUGCGAUUUUAAAUUUGGUAUAAUAUUAAAUUCACACUGAUAAUACUCAUUACUAGAUUUUAUUCAGAGUGUAUUUCCAGUGAACUAUUUGUAUUUUCAAUUUGCCAUGUUAUACUGAAUUAUGAGGCUUUUCUGUUUACUUUCUCGUGAUCAGUUUGUUAUAUUUGUAAAUAUUAUACACCCUUUGUUUUAUUGAAUGCGUUAUUGUGUUCAAAUAUAUUUUAUAGUUUUC